AUUUUAUUUAAGCUCAUUUCCUAAGACUUCUCUUACUGUUUGGCGACGGAGAAAAUUACACAGAAAUUAGCAUCUUCUUUACUGCACGAACUCCAGAAUGCGUUAGCAUAUCUUUAUUUAUAGCUUAGUUGUUUAUUUGGUAACUUUUAGGUACUUUAAUAGUUUCUCGGAUUUCGGAACGAACUAUUUGAAAAUAUGUUUUGAACUUUUAUCCGCAGUUUUUACUUUUUAAGGAGGCUACCGAUUAGUUUUUCCGAUGACGCAUUCUUUGUUAAAACACUAACUGGACCCAUGAGUGCGUCUCGAGUCCGGCCACAGAGCCAGGCUGGCACUGACAAGCCGCCGCCGCGCUCGCUCGACUCCAGCGAGGCGAUACAGAUGGAGAACACCCAACAUCAAGAUCCGGGCCUCGGUGGCGUCGUGGGCACGCCGUCCCCGCCGUCCAGACAGGCGUGGAGCCGGGACAACCCAGUUUUUGAACCGGAGGAGGAAAUCAUGCAAGCCGACUGGCCUCAAGCAAGUCCCGGUAGGAGGUCUGCGUUCACGGCCUCCGGCAGCAGCUGCAGCAGCGGCCUCGGGAAUUACACCCGCGCGGGCAGCAGUGCCCAAAUCCCGCGAGGAGGACUGUAUCCCACCCCGAGCCUGAAUGCCCAGCAGCAAGACAGACAUGAGCACCCCGGAUGUUUGAAGCAGAUAUUUCAAAAAAUCAGAAUUCUGUGGGGCACAGAGCUGAUGGAGGAUGGUGACAGCAGCCGUGAAAGGUUCCUCUGGAACGUACUGAGAGAGCUGCUCACAUAUAUCACAUUUCUCAUCACCAUUUGUAUCUUGACAUAUGGAAUGAGAAGUACCAACAUGUAUUAUUACACCAAAGUAAUGUCUCAGCUUUUCCUCGACGCACCGCUGUCUUCUGAGAACCCCAAGACUUUCAGGAGCCUCUCCACCAUGGAGGAUUUCUGGAAGUUCACUCAGGGGCCCUUUCUCAGUGGUAUGUAUUGGGAGGUGUGGUACAACAACCAGAGCCUGCCAGAGAACCAGAGUUUCAUCUACUAUGAGAACCUCCUCCUCGGCGUGCCACGACUCCGCCAGCUCAAAGUCCACAACGAGACCUGCUCCGUCCACGAAGAUCUCAGGGAUGAAGUUCAAGGUUGCUAUGGCGUAUACACCCCCAGUAAUGAAGACACCUCUCCUUUUGGCCCUCAAAAUGGAACAGCGUGGAUCUACACCACAGAAAGCAAGAUGAAUGCCAGCACUCAUUGGGGUGAGGUGUCCAAAUAUGGAGGUGGAGGCUACUACCAAGACUUGUCUCGCACCAGGGAGGAGUCUACUCUCCAACUGCAGUUCCUCAAGGACCACCUGUGGCUGGACAGAGGCACCAGAGCCGUCUUCCUCGACUUUUCAGUCUACAACGGAAACAUCAACCUUGUCUGUAUAGCCAGGUUGUUGGUGGAGUUCCCGGCUACUGGUGGCGUGUUGACCUCUUGGCAGUUCCAAACAGUGCGCCUGAUAAAGUACGUGUCCAGCUGGGACUACUUUGUUGGCGUGUGCGAGGUGGCGUUCUGUCUGUUCGUCCUCUACUACGUGGUGGAGGAAGUGCUGGAAAUCCACAUUCACCGGCUGCAUUACUUCAAGAACCUGUGGAACUGUCUGGAUGUUCUGAUUGUGACAUUAAGUGUUGUUGCCAUUAUUAUGAGCAUAACCAGAGCAGCCAUGGUUGGAAACCUCCUCAAAGGGUUGGAGAACUACACCUCCCACCCUAGCUUUGAUUCUCUGGCUAACCUGCAGGUUCAGUUCAACAACAUGGCUGCAGUGAUAGUCUUUUUCUGCUGGGUAAAGCUCUUCAAGUUCAUCAACUUCAACAAAACCAUGAGUCAGCUGUCCACCACCAUGUCCCGCUGUGCCAAGGACCUCGUGGGUUUCGCCAUCAUGUUCUUCAUCAUUUUCCUGGCUUAUGCUCAGCUUGCCUACCUGGUGUUUGGAACUCAAGUCAAUGAUUUUAGCACUUUCCAAGGCAGCGUGUUUACCCAGUUUAGAAUUAUCUUGGGAGACUUUGACUUUUCAGAGAUUGAAGAAGCAAAUCCAAUUCUUGGACCAAUUUACUUUACGACCUUCGUCGUCUUCAUUUUCUUUAUUCUCAUGAACAUGUUUCUGGCCAUCAUUAAUGAUACAUACUCUGAAGUGAAGGCGGACAUGGCCCAGCACAGGUCGGAGAUGGAAAUGACCGACUUCAUCAAGAAGGGCUGUAACAAAGCUUUGGUCAAAUUGAGGUUGAAGAAGACAACAGUGGACGACAUAUCGGAGAGUUUGCGUCAAGCCGGGGGAAAGCUGAACUACGAUGAACUCCUUCAGGAUCUUAAAGAAAAGGGCCACACGGAAGAAGAGAUUCAGGCUAUAUUUGCCAAGUACGACCAGGACGGGGAUCAGGAAUUGACGGAACAUGACCACCAACAAAUGAGAGAUGACCUGGAGAAGGAGAGAGAGGACUUGGAUCUGGAACGCAACUCACUGACCAGACCCAGCAGUGGGAGGAGCUUCCCUCGUACACAAGACGACUCCGAAGAGGACGAUGAUGAGGACUCCGGUCACAGCUCUCGUCGGCGUGGCAGCAGCUCAGGGGGCGUGUCUUAUGAGGAGUUUCAAGUGCUUGUGAGGCGCGUGGACAGAAUGGAGCAUUCAAUCGGCAGCAUCGUGUCCAAGAUCGACGCCGUGAUAGUGAAGCUGGAGGGCAUGGAGAGAGCGAAGCUGAAAAGAAGAGACGUGCUGGUCCGGCUGCUGGAUGGAGUCAUGGAGGACGAGCGUUUGGGGCGGGACACGGACACCCACAGAGAGCAGAUGGAGAGGCUGGUGAAGGAGGAGCUGGAGCGCUGGGAGUCGGAUGAUAUGGCCUCGCAGGUCAGUCACCCUCAGCCCACCACCCCCGUUGGCCCUCGGCCUCGACCCCCUUCCUCCCUGUCCACGGAAGGCCUGGACGCGAGCGCUAACGGAGGAACCCACGUGUGAAGGCUUUAGGAGAAAUGAUCUACCAAAAACAGUUGCAGGACAGAUGCUUCGCAUGUCAACAUUCCUUUGAAAUAAUGGCUGCAGACGUUAGUGUGUAACAUGUAGCUCCACCUGAUCAAGUUCUUCCAUUUAUGGCUUUCUUUAAUGAUUAAAAACAUUUGUACAAACAUAAUGGAUUUAUAAAACACAAAAUCACCCUUUAUUUGUGCCACCGUAUUUAGUGUUGCUUUAAAUCCAGUGUACAACUUUUGAUUGACGUGUUCUACACAAACACAAAAGCAUCUUACGAAUGUUACCUUUGCUGAUUAUUCUGUAUCCUCGUUUAAAAUGCAGUAGGUACAAGCAUGGCACAUUCUGUCCUAUUUAAUCCUUUUCUAUGCAUCAGUGAAGCUUCAGGGUGAUUCUGAUUUAUGAUACAUAUUGUAACGUGAAACAAACUUCGAUUUGGAGUGCAUCUAGUGUACAUGGGUAAUCCAUGCUUUUAUUUUUUAUUUUCCUGUACUUUAAUUUUUGCCUUUUUUUAAGCAUCUUUUUGUAAUCUGGUCCACCAAAUAAAUUUUUAUUGAUAUAA